AUGGCUCUCAUAUGCAGAUAUCGUUGCUCUAGGAACAAUAUGUCCAUCGCACUUACGGGCAGUCAGCAAACAAUUAUCCAAACUGUCUCGAGACUGUCAUGCCUCUGUCAAUGCGGCGACAAGCCGCCGACCACAAACGCUAAAGAUCUACGGGGAGAAGCAAGACGUAUAGCGCAGCAUUUAGCAAAAGCACGAGUGCAGGACGCCACACAAGUCCCCAAAAAUAGCAGCAAACGCAAGAAACCCCCCAUAUCAUCGUUGCAGUUUGCGGCGGAGCUUGUUUUGGGAGCUGUUCAUGACGCCGUUGAAGUUGGGAGCGAAACAGCUCGGGGGCCCAAAUAA